CAGUAUUUAUGGGGAAUCCCUUAGAAGGAGGGUUACUUCUUGCCAUGUUUAAUUUGGCUCAUAUAGCUGAAGAGUACUUCACCAGCCGUUCAAUGAUUGAUGUUAAAGAGUUGAAGGAAAAUCAUCCCGAAUCUGCUCUUGUGUUGGAUAUGAAUGAAGAUAGACUUCCUAACACAACCGAUUUGGCAUACAAAAGGGUUCCUGUACAUAAUAUAGAAGUGGGAUCCUAUGUUUUGGUUGGAGUUGGUGAGGUAUGUGAUGCUAAUUUUAUUCAUUUCAGUUUUGUUUGUUGGAAUAGUAAGCUAGAAUGUUCAAAUUCUGAGGUGAAAGGAGUAUAAUAUAGAAUUGAUUGUUGUUUUCUUAGGAUUUAUAUUCUCUGAACCUAGUGAAAGUCUAGUUGUUGAUCAAUUAACUUUAAAUGCAUGCUAUGUUCUGAAACUUUUCACAUUAAUGUGAGUUCUUGACUUGCACUACUCUGUCUCUUAACACUAAAAAAUCUAUCCAUGUGCCUGGACUAUCAUGUGGAUGGCUUUUUGCUGCUUGAAUGAUGGUCUGAAAACAAUUUCAAGACUGAAAAUGUUGCCAAUGUGAUGGACUAUCAAAUGAAUGGGUUUAUCUAUCUUUAAGAAUUAUGGUGUGAAAACAUUAAUCCUUUGUUG